AUGGUUGAGACUGAUCAAUCUCUUCCCUAUGCCACCUUAAUUCACAUGCUCUCGCUGAAACUCUCCACCACCAAUUAUCUGUUGUGGAAGACACAGGUUGAGACCCUUUUGCAAUCGCAGGGGCUUUUUGGUUUCCUUGAUGGUUCAGAUUCUCCUCCCUUGCCUGCAAGUACUGCUCCCGCUAAUGUUGCUUCUGCCGAAAAAGCUAAGAAGGAUUGGCUUAUGCAAGACCGUCACCUUCAUAGUCUUCUUCUUUCUUCUCUCAGUGAGGAAUCCAUGGCAGAAACUAUUGGAUGCAAAUCUUCUGCAGAAGUUUGGAGUGCCCUAGAAAAGGAUUAUGCCUUGCAAUCCAAAACUCGUGAGAUUCAAUUGAAAGACGAUCUUCAGCAUAUGCGUCGCGAGUCACUCUCGGUUGCAGAUUUCAGUUCCAAGUUUCGUGGUAUCUGUGAUCAAUUAGCAUCCAUUGGCUCCCCAGUACCCGAAAACUGA